GUUGACAGGAAACGUCAGUUGCUGACCAAUCAGCGGCAGGGGACGGCGCUCUCUUCCUUCCACGUGAUCGUGCUGGUUAGUUCGCAGGCGGUCAGACCAAGAGCCGGAGACCAUGGAUCACAGAUUUGGGUUAUUAGUUCUUCUGGCAGCCGGCCUCCUCUGCCUCAGCUUGGCCCCCGUGUCUCAGGCUGAGCACCAGGUCGAGGACGGUCUGGAUGAUGACGUGGACGUGGAGGACGAGCUGGAUCUGGGUUUGGCCGGAGCUGACGAGGAGGAGCUAGAGGGGGACGUUCAGGAUGAGGCUCCACCUGCUCCUACAACUCCUCCCAUACCCAAGGUGACCUACAAAGCUCCUGAGCCGAUGGGGGAACAUUUCUUCGCGGAGUCUUUUGACCGAGGGACACUUGACGGCUGGGUUGUGUCCAUAGCCAAGAAGGAAGACACUGAUGAAGAGAUCGCAAAAUAUGAUGGUAAAUGGGCGGUGGAGGAGAUGAAGGAUAGUAAACUGCCCGGGGACCAAGGGCUUGUCCUGAAGUCCAGAGCCAAGCAUCACGCCAUCUCAGCCCAGCUGCUGCGACCUUUCACCUUCGACACCCAGCCCCUCAUCGUCCAGUACGAGGUGAACUUCCAGGCAGGGAUUGAUUGUGGUGGCGCUUACAUCAAACUGCUGACUCAGACUCCUGACCUCGACCUGGACCAGUUUGUGGAUAAAACUCCGUACACCAUCAUGUUUGGACCUGACAAAUGUGGAGAAGAUUACAAACUUCACUUCAUCUUCAGACACAAAAACCCCAAAACUGGAGAGUACGAAGAGAAACACGCUAAGAAACCAGAUUCUGACCUGAGGACGUACUAUACCGACAAGAAGACCCACCUGUACACACUGGUGUUGAACCCUGACAACACCUUCGAGGUGCUGGUCGAUCAGACGGUUGUGAACAGCGGCAGCCUGCUGACAGAUGUGACCCCCCCCGUGAACCCUCUCGCCGAAAUCGAGGACCCGGAAGACCACAAACCCGAGGACUGGGACGAGAGGCCCAAGAUCCAGGACCCAGACGCAGUCAAGCCCGAGGACUGGGACGAGGACGCUCCCGCUCAGGUCCCAGAUGAAGACGCAGUGAAACCAGACGGCUGGUUGGACGACGAGCCGGAGUACAUCGGAGAUCCUGAAGCCGUGAAACCUGAAGACUGGGAUGUGGACAUGGACGGUGAAUGGGAGGCUCCUCAGAUCCCUAACGCCGCCUGCGAGUCCGCCCCCGGCUGUGGCGCCUGGAGCCGUCCGGUGAUCGAUAACCCCGCCUACAAGGGCAAGUGGAAGCCCCCAAUGAUCGACAACCCCAACUACCAGGGCGUCUGGAAGCCAAGGAAGAUCGCCAACCCUGACUUCUUUGAGGACCUGCACCCGUUCAGGAUGAGUCCCUUCAACGCUGUUGGCCUCGAGCUCUGGUCCAUGACCUCCGACAUCUUCUUCGACAACUUCUUCAUAUCCAACGACCGCAGCACGGCCGAGCGCUGGGCCACCGAUGGCUGGGGGCUGAAGAAGGCAGCAGAGGGCGCUGCUGAUCCUGGUCUGGCAACGCAGAUGAUGAACGCUGCAGAGGAGCGUCCCUGGCUCUGGGUCGUCUACGUCCUCACGGUGGCUUUACCGAUCGUCCUCAUCGUUAUCUUCUGCUGCACCGGCAAGAAGAAGAGUGCGGCGACGCCAGCAGAAUACAAGAAGACGGACGAACCUCAGCCUGAUGUGAAGGAGGAGGAAGAGGAGGAGCAGGAAGAGAAGGCUGAAGAGGCAGAGGAGAGCAGUCCAGCUGCAGAGGGCAAGAGCGACAAAGAGGAUAGUCCGGGAGAGGAAGAGGACGCUAAGAAUGAUGAAGAUGAGGACCCCUCAGUAGAUGAGAAGUUGGAGGACGAUGUUCUGCGGAGAUCUCCGAGGACCAAGAAGGUCAGAAAAGACUGAAGUCUCUGAAUCCAAAGCCCUGACCUCGACUCCUCCCCCUACUCCCCUUAUACACCCCUCCCCCAUCCCCCCCAUCCUCCUCUGCUCCGAGGUGAUGAAGCCUGAACGGAUCCCGAGGAAGCAGUGAAGCCGACAGGAAACUAAUCAAGAAACUGACGCCUGAUGAUGAUUCCAGUAUGAGCAGGACUGAGUUAGUUUGAUUAAAGGAGAAUAACUAAGAUUAACUAAAACUUCCUGCAUCAUUCCUUAACAACCCCUGAGCAGACUCGAACCCACGACGCCAACGUCUCCUCUUCCCAUCUGCCGAGUCGCCGCCGCCUGCCGCCACCCACGAGCUGGCAAAAGCCCCGCCCCCCGAACAGCCUGUUAAAACCCUGUUGACAGUUUGCUGAUCAGUCUCCUUAGUUAACGUAGGUAACUGACUCGAAUUAAACCGUCUGACCUCAGGUCUGACGUCAGCCUGGUCUCAACCGUCGUCCUGUUGGGUCUAAUAUCGAAGCUGUUAGCGGUUAGGAUUAACUAACCCACUGCAAAUCCACCAGUCAGAAUAUAACGACAGGAAGUCUGAACCCAUACACCUGAUCAAUAAUCUAUACAGUUAACAGAGCAGUCUGCUGACAGGCAGAUAACUAGCCAAUCAUCCAUCAGGGUGCUAAACAGGCUAACAGGUUAUCCAACAACCAGAAGUCUCUGCAUGUUAACCUUUCAGCUAAUUAGCCACAGAACUUAUCUUUUAACUCUCUAACCACUGUCCAGCAGCUUCUUAGCAACACACAGAUGUUAUCAGCUAGCGUCCUGACUUUUAACCAACCAGCAGACAGGAUGUCAACACAUGAUCCGGGCAGUAGCUUGAAUGCUCUAGCUAAUUAGCUCAUGAGCUAGUCCGUAGCGAUGGAAACCUCAUCCCUCUACUCAGCUGAUCCCAGCAGUUUGCUAACGAGUCCACAGAUAACGUUAAUAACUAACUUCUUCUUCCAAGACUCUGGAAAUUAGCCUGUUAGCAUCCCACCCAUUACUUUUCAAUCCGCUGCAGCAGUCGCAUGCUAAUGGCUCCUGAAAUGAAAUGAGUACACUCCAGCUGACAUGAACUAUUUCUUCUUCUCGUGUUAUUGUCACAGACGUUCGUGGAUGUUUUGUCCUCAGUGUUUUUAACGUGUGUUUUUGUCCUGAUGGCAGCAGAGAAGGUCAGAGGUCAAGCGCUUGUGUUGUGAUUAGAACAAACUGUCAGUUCCAGGCCACAGGUGUCAGGUCACCUGGAGUCAAGGUCACAGACAGAUCGAGUCAGACCGGUUCUCGCCCUAAACGGUUGAGUCAGCUUGUCCAUGGGUUCUACCCCUUAUGACCCGACACUCCAUCUUUAAAAACAAUUCAUUUAGAUCUCAGUCCAAAGAGUGACGGCAGACGUUUCACUGCUCGCGUUGAAAACCUUUUGGCUGCUUGGUGUCGAUGUGUUAUGAGGAAAAACUGAAUCUGUUUCACAUCAGCAUCAUCGUGAAACAGAGCAACAGAUUUCACAGUGAAACUCCUGUUUGGCAUCAAACCUUUCAGCUGCUGUGUCUUUAAACCUUUUCUCAUCCUCACUGAGUCCCAGUCAUGUUUGUUUGGACUGACACUGAUGUCGGCAGAUGGACAAACUCCCAGUCCCUCUUUCAUCAACCCCUUGUGAAAAGAAAAGGCACUAACGGAAAAGACUCAGGCGCUUAUUCCCUCACCCGUCCACCUGCUGCACGACCUCUGGAUUCUAGCCCCAUGUUGAAGAGACGGCACUUGAGCGAAAAGUUCGUUCUUAACCACAAAAAUAGGAGAAGAAAUAUCUGAACCAAAACUCCUGUCGGUCACAUGGUCUGUUUGAAAAAGCUUCUAGUUGCAGCUGAAAAAUCCUGAAUCUGAAACUCGUUUCCAGUUUGUUCGUCAAACGUUUUAUCUUCAGCGUCGUUUCUCACAAACACACAAAGCUGUCAAGCCACUCUGCUUCAUUUAACUCUGAAAAACUGCUGACUGCAAUAUUUUAGUGUUUUAUAAAAAGUGUUAUGUGUCAAAAACUGAUUGUGUUGACCUCUUGACCUUGCCUCUAGCGCCACCAUCAGGACAAAUCUAUUAUCAAAGCAUAAAAAACACUAAUUAUUCCAUGAACGUUGUGUGUGAAGCUGCAGCAGGAGCUCAGACUCCUGGACUGUGAUCGUGUGUCUUUGUUAAACUGAAGUUUUGUGAUGAAGGAAAAAGCAGAGCAGCAAAUGAGAUCACACGAGGUUUCCUCCGUGUGACUGAGCCGGAGCGACACGGCGUCGAUCAACAGACUUAUAAAUAUUUAAAUAUGAAUUCAGUCAGUGUGGAAAAGAAAACUACGUCUGUUUGUGUAGUCUCAUGACUGUGGAUGUGUCCGUCUCGACCAAACGUCACGUCAGGUCUUCCUUCUGUUUAUCUAUUGAAACAUUUGACUCAGUUAAAGACGAGUUAGGAAUCACUUUCAAAGUCUGAGGUGUGUGUGUUCCUGGUUGUUGCUUGAUUCCUGUUUGGGGCCUUGAGAUGACCCGGAGGUCCCUGGUGCAGGUGACCUUCAUCUGUCCCUCCUCCCCGGGUCAACACGCUGCAGUGGUUACCUUUUCGCUGUGAGCUGUUGCUUUCACUCAUUCUUCUCCCUGUGCUGUGAACGGUUUUAGGAUGAAUCUGACGCAGCGUUACAUUCCCAUCAUCAACGUAUGUUUCAGCCACUAUUCAUCGUCUGCCACCCUCCUCUUCCUCUUCCUGUUGUGUCCGACUCUUUGUUUUCUCUGGUCGUGUCCAGCUGAGGCUGCCUAUAGCUAACAGACUGUAUAGACUGAACACUGUAUCUGCUGGUGAGACUUAACGUGACUCUGUAACUAUUAACUUUUUAUUGUUUUGUUGACUUUGUUUUUAAACUAUUUGUUGGGCCCAGCGUGUUUCUGCUGAGCACACUGUGCAGCCGCAGCACAGACGGUCCAGCCUGGGGUAGAAGUGCUGUGAGGACGGAGCCUCGUGUGGACGUGAAGUCAACAUUUGUUUUGAUGAAUAAAAAGGCCAAAAUGGAAACUGAA